AUGAAAAACCUGGUCUUCCCCUCUCUUUCUCCCCUCCCCCCCUCCCUGCCCCCAACCCCAAUUCCACAACUUCUCUACUCUCAGGACUACAAGGCAGAGGAAGACCCAGCAAAAUUUAAAUCUAUCAAAACAGGCCGAGGACCCCUGGGCCCAAAUUGGAAGCAAGAACUUGUAAAUCAGAAAGACUGCCCAUAUAUGUGUGCAUACAAACUGGUUACUGUCAAGUUCAAGUGGUGGGGCCUACAGAACAAGGUGGAAAACUUUAUACAUAAGCAAGAGAAGCGUCUAUUUACAAACUUCCACAGGCAGCUGUUCUGUUGGCUUGAUAAGUGGGUUGACCUGACCAUGGACGACAUUCGAAGGAUGGAAGAAGAGACGAAGAGACAGCUGGAUGAGAUGAGACAAAAGGACCCAGUGAAAGGAAUGACAGCAGAUGACUAAAGCCACACCUCCCCUUUCUGCACUUUUUGCAGGACAGUGGUCAACAGGAAGGCCCAGCAGCUCCACCCUCCUGAGUGACAGGCCAUCUUUGGACACAGCCUUUCUGUGCCCAUUCUUCAGGCAACUCUCGAUUCCUUACUGUAGCUGAUUCUAGAUGCCCUUUAAUAUCGUGAACAAAUAGACCGUCUGGUAUUACAAAGCCCGCAUGUGCGGGAGCUCACUCCUCUGAGAUAUGUGGUGUGUAGGUUGCUGUAUUUACAGCUCCUCUCUCUCUCUCCAUUGUGUUCUGACCCAUUUCUGUGUGUACCCCACCAUUAUUUCCAAGUGACAUUUUCAGUCUUUCAAAAUAGCUGCCUUUUGUGAUGUGAUCAUUUCAAUGAUUUGAGUUCUUUUGUUUUCAACCUUGGGAUAUAAACUGAGGUGUUUUGCUUCCUGGGCAGAUCUUUAAAAUUUUGAGUGCUCACCUGGGGAGAGAGGAUGAGUUAGAAAUACAGAGUUUUUUCUCCCGGUUCCACAGAAUAAUAAUGUGGCUUUGUAACUCUAAUCUCUGCUCCCAUUAACCCAAUGGUUAGAGUGCUCUAAGCAUUUAGGAGGUACCCACAGCCCAGCCAGUCUCUGUUUAAGAAAACAAAUAUAAAUAAUCCCUGCCCCAGUCAUUGCAUCUCUGGUCACUAUUUUUAGAAACACCUAUUGCUUCUUGGCCCCUCCUGUUGCUUACUCUGUCUGAAUCUCUCUGCAGAGCCUACAAAACAUCCCAGUCAACCCUCCACCUGAAGGGAAUUGCCCUUAGAGUGGCCCUUAGAAUUGAGUCUGCCCCGUAUAUUCCAAUCAGUCUGACCCCCGUGGGGCUCUGGAUAUCCAUGCUCCUCUUCCCUUUUGGGCUGGUGCUGCCACUCAGCAAUAAUCCUCUUUUCUCUGUGCUUUCUUAGAUCCCUGUCCUCUGUCUUUGAGGCUGGUUAGGAUGCAAGAGUCCUGACCUUUUCAUGCUGCACAAAAUGAGCAUGCAAAAAGCUUUUUUCCAGCAGAACAUGUUCCCUCUUGUCUCCGGUUGCUGGAAAGAAAUUUGGAAAUCAAGAACUCAGCUCAUCCUGCUCCUGUGUUGAGUUCUGUCCUGGACAAUCGAAAGCAACUAGUGAUCAUAGUACAGAACUCUACCAAAGUAGGCUAGUGAAGUAGUCCAGGUUCCAAGGGAAUAGAAGCUGCUGAGUGCUUCAGUUUCCUAUGACUUGGCAGAACCUGAGUAUGCCUUCCUGAUAGGAGAAUCUGAGAUAGCUGUUGUGUUACCGGGACAUUUCCCAAACCUUGUGAAGUAUGCUGGCCCAAGUGUGCAGUGAUCCAAGCUCCUGCUAGCCUGAGUGCAUCUGUUAAUGACAGAGACCAAAUUUCUGUUGGGGGAGUAAGAAGUGGCAUGGGAUAAUUUAUCCUUACGUUUUUGUCAGUUUGUUUGCCUUGCUCAUUUUUAAGUGCAAUAAGGGAGUGUCUCACAGGAUUGCACCUUUGACAUCCUGAUGGAUACUUCCCUGUGGCCCUUCUGGGACAAGGGUAGACAGAGUCAGACCGCUCAGCAUAGUUAGCUCUGACCUUCAUUGAGGUCCAGAUGUCCUGUUAAAGAUUCCUUUCUCUGUAUUAGUCUCCUCACCUUGUGGGGUCUUUAGUAAUGGAUCUGAGGCAUUUCAGUUGGUUAUUAGCAUCUCAACUGCUGGCAGCAUUUAUUUGACUGGGAAAGUUGGAGAAGAGGCAUUCCUACUGGAGAAAAAUAUAAAUGUUUUCCUACAAGCUCUGUAUUAGCUUUAUAUUUGUGCUUAAUGAUUUUCCUUCAUUCAUCAACAAGGUGAAGUCCAAAUGUGGGUUAUCUUGGGAGAAACAAACUGAUAUUCUAAGCAGACAGUUGUUUAUGGUUUGAGGGUCAGCAGAUGUUAGUCUCCUUCUUUCACUUCUUGGAGAUCCACACAUAUCACUUCAUCUUUAAUGGGGGCUCACUCUUUAUCUGCCUUUUCUCUAGCUCCUCCCACCUCCACCUGUUGACUCAGUUUCAAAGCAUCCAAAUGAGCUGAGCUAGAAUUUCCUGAGGUCAACCUGGAUCUGGGGCUCCUGGCCAUAUAAACAUAAAGGAUGGAUGUCCCUGGUCUCUUCCAUCCCCAUGGAUGGUGUUGCUGCUGGGCAACAGUGUUGGCUUCUUUUAAGUACCCCCUUCCCUCCCCACCCAUCCCCAAAAUGACUAGCACUUAGAUGGGCUUAUGAUGAAAGGCUUAGCUCUAAGGGUAGUACCUGAGGAUGUGCCACGCCCCUUCAGACCAUCUGCUUCCAUUAGAUUUCCAGGGUCAUAGUCCCAACUGGAAGCAGCAGUGCCUCUGUAGGAGGGGUGCUAGACUCUGGCCUUCUCAUGGAGAUAGGUCAGGGACAGAGUCAGUAUUGUGGGCACGUGUAUAUCUUCCCAACUUCUCCUUUUUCAGUCUCUACUGGGAUUCCCUGACUUAUUUUGGUUGGUUCCUAGUGCUACUUCUUUUACAAACUACACUUUGUAGAACUGAUUAGAUUACCUUGUUUAUUUAAUGUGAGUUUGUGCCUUUUUGUCUCAAUCUUCCAAUACAGGUAUAUUGGGGGGGAAAAAGCAGUCUAAUAAAAUCCUAGACAGAG